CCUUAAUAAGGCAUUUAUAAGAGGAAGAAGAAGAAAAGCCUAAUAUUCGACUCUUUAUGACUAUCAUGUUAGCAUAUCCUAUUGCCUAUAUAUACAAUCAAAAAUAUGUAAUUCAACAACCUAAUGCUAGUCGAGAAGCACGAAAUACAUACAUUCUCCUCUCAGGUCUUGCCCUUGCCUUUUUCUUUAACAGCUUUGAGAUAAUUCAUUCUUUAAUUACUAUCGCUGUUAGUUAUUAUAUAUGUUACAUAACGGACAGGUUUUAUCAUAAUCGACGCGUUAGUGCGUUGCUUGUUUGGAUAUUUAAUUUAUUAUAUUUAAUGAUUGGCUAUUAUUUUUACGCCUCUGAUGGAUAUGAUAUUGGCUGGACAACGACACAAUGUGUCUUAUGUUUACGUCUUUUGGGAUUUAGUAUGGACUUUAUGGACGGUGCUAUCAUGAAGGAUAACAAGACGACACCAUCGACUAUGAAAUCAUCGGAGAAAAAAAUAAGUGGCCCUCAUUCGUUUCCCUCAGAUUCACCCUUAGAAAAGUUACCAAAGUUAAAGGAUGUCUAUGCCUAUUGUUUCUUUCCCUCUGCCUUUUUAAUUGGACCCCAAUUUUCCUUUUCACUUUAUAAUCGAUUCUUAUCAUCUACUGGUCCCUACAAUCGACAAAAGAUAGUCGACAAGAAGGCUUUGAUGCAUACUAAAAGGGCACAAAAGAACUAUAUCAAUCGUUGCUUAAUGAUUGGUAUUAUCUAUAUCAUUCUUCUUCAAACAAUAGGUGCUAUAUACCCUACUUCUUAUAUCCUUACACCAGAAUUUUCAAAUCAAUCAUUUCUAAAAAAACUUGUUGAAUUUUGGAUUUGUGGAAAGAUGGUAUUUGUCAAAUAUGUAGGUGUAUGGUUAUUAACAGAAGGGGCUUGCACUUAUUUUGGUAUUACUUAUCAAGAAGGUGAUGAGAAUACAGCACCUAGUUUCUCUGGAUUAGCAAACUCAAGGCCUCUUGAAUUUGAAUUAUCUACUUCAAUUGAACAUUUAGUUCCAAACUUUAACAUCAAUACGAACCUGUGGGUGAAACAUUAUGUUUUCAAACGACUUCGUUUCUUGGGUAAUAAGGACUUGUCUCAACUGGGUGCAUUGCUUUUCUUGGCUAUCUGGCAUGGCUUUCAUUUUAAUUAUUUUCAAACUUUCUUGCUGGAGUUCUUAUUUGUGGUUGCUGAACGUAUCAUUCGUGCUCGGUUCUAUGUUCCCUUUGUGAAACCCUGGAUCGAUCAAGAUACCACUUGUCUGUAUGCAUGGAAAUUAAUUGCUUGGUUGACGGCCACAACUUGCUUUAAUUAUGCAAUCGUUGGCUUUGAUCUCUUGACGCUUGCAAGAGGAAUUAAGGCUUAUAAUCAAAUUUAUUGGCUUAUUCAUUUAUUAACUCUUUUUGUCUUUAUUGUUCACUUGACGAUAGGGAAGAAGAAAUUAUCGACAAAAUAAAUAAAUAUAUUCUUAAAGAAAAACUCAAUUUUUAUUUAUGUAAUGUUGUGAAUGUAUAUACAUAUAUAUAUGUAUAUAAUAUAUAUGUGCAUGUGUGUAUAUAUAAAAGAAAUAUUACAAUAA